AGAGUUCGUCUGCCAUCUCAAGUUCGUUCGUUUCUGCGUUUCAAAGGAAGUUCAUAUUGUGAGCUUUGUCGUAUGUCAUGGUAGUUAUCACCACCGUCGCUCCAUCCAAAGCGUUCAGAAUCUCUUUAGUUGGCUCUCCCUGCUGCUCCUCCAUUCCGCACUUACGGCAUAAUUCUGUAUCGGAAGAAAAGGACCAGUGACGCCAUAACAGCCGCGUUUAGUCAUAGCGCCGAGACUUCUUCGAAGUCGCUGCUAUCGAUUUCGUUGCUCCCGUCGAGACUUCUUCAACGUCAUCGCGUCGCCAAAGUAUCCUCGUUAGUAGCAUGAGGACUCGCACAGGAGGGUAUUACAGCGCGUCAGACGGCAUAACGUUCCACAUUCGCCCGUGCUCCGCUCGGAAGGCGGCCAUGGCUCCCGCAUGUCACGCUGCGAAGGCCAUGGCUCCAUCACACCACGAGGCGCCUGUCUGCGCUAGUAGUAACGCGGCCAAGCGACGGCGAAUCACGUGCUCUGACGCGUCGGGUUUCGACGAAUUACCCGACGAGCUCGUCUCCUGCAUUCUGCAGCACGUGGCGCAUCGAGCGCGCUCCCCGGCCGACCUGAUCAACGCGUGGCUGACGUGUCGCCGCAUGUGCGCGCUCGGCACGGAGUCGCACGUGCUGCGACGCGCGUCGUCCGCGGCAAUGACGGUGCCGGCGCCGUCCUGGUCGGACAGCGCGCAUCGGUUCCUUAAAGAGUGCGCCUCGGCGGGCAACCUCGACGCGUGCUACACGCUCGGCAUGAUUAAGUUCUAUUGCCUCGAAGACCGCCGCGCAGGCGCGACGCUCCUCGCGCGCGCCGCGCUCGCCGGCCACGCGCACUCGCUGCACUCGCUCGCCGUGAUCCACUUCAACGGCAGCGGCGGCUCGCGCCUCGACCGCGACCUGCUGGCGGGCGUGCUGCUGUGCGCCAAGGCCGCGACGCUCGGCCACGUGGAGGCUUUAAGAGAGCUGGGGCACUGCCUGCAGGACGGGUAUGGGGUCCCGCGGAACGUAGCGGAGGGAAGAAGACUCCUGCUGGAAGCGAACACGAGGGAGGCGGCUACAGCUGCCACAGCCGCCGCUACAGCUGCCGCCGCCGCUACAACUGCUGCCGCAACAACUGCUACAGUCGCUUCGACUGGUGGUGUGUUUUCUCCGCCUACUGCGCCCGCCGCGCCAGUUUGGACACGGGUAAUAGAAGGUGGCACGGCGGGAGCAGCCGGAGGGGGAGCAGGCGCUGGGGGGGCAGGCGCAGGGGGGUUGGGCGUAGGGGGAACGGGGGGGGGGGAGGAGUGACAAGUGGGACGGGGGCGUCCGAAACUACAGCAGUCGCAUGGGGAGCCGAGGAAACCGAAGCAGCUGUAGCAACAGCCCCACCGAGCCAGCUCGACAGGCAGGUUCGUUCCGAAGCUGCACACGUGGCGCCGCGAGGUCAGGAAAGCCUAGACGGUGGCAGUAGCAGCCCAGGCGGCGGUGCCAGCAGCGCCAGACGCGCUGCCGAAGCAAGAAGCGCUUCCGGCCCGCUGCUUCCUGCCGCACACUCGUCCUCCUCUCCGUCGCCCGCUGCUGUUGCGAUGGCGCAUGCGACAGGAACGGCGAUAGGCGACGAGCAGAUUAGGGAGCUCAAUAAGGUGCUCGACGCGAGGCAGGAUGAGAGGAGGCGAGAGCAAGUAGAGGGUGCUGCGGGAAGAGGGGAAGCGGGUGAUGAUGUAAUCCGCGCUAUAAGCGACCACAGUUCUGUGCAGCAAACCCUGGAAGAACAGUACCAGAAUCAGCAGCAGCACUAUGAACCCCAGCGUCAGAACUUACCAGCCUCCCCAGUCCAACCCUCCCCAGCCUCCCAAGCUCAUUCCCCCCAGACUCAACCCACCCAGCAGUACGUGUUCGCAUCCGCAGCUCCUGCGAUUCCCCACCGAACCUCCCGCCCUCGUUUGGAUCUCCAAGCCUUGCACGGCCUGGCUCGGGCUCGCCAAGCCUACGGCGCUCUGGUGUCGUCUGCCGAAGCUGCGCGAAUGCUCCGGGCGUCAGCUGUCACUGCUGUGCCGAUUGCCACCGCACUGGCGAGAGCACCGGGAGGAGAAAUGGCAGCUGCUUCAGAAGUUGCAGCAGCAGAAGCAGCACCGGCAGCAGCAGCAUUGCCAGGAUCAGCAGCAGCAUUGCCAGGAUCAGCAGCAGCAGCAGCAGCAGCAGCAGCAGCAGAAGCGACAGGAUCAGCUCCACGUGUGGAAGCGAGAGCCCCUCUUCCUGCUGAGCAGGCAAGUCCUUUCGCUGCUGUAGCUCCGCCUGAAGCACCACCUGAUGGUGCGCGCUCUGAGCAGGUGCACGGCAUGCAGCGUGCCGUGGCUGUGUGGCGCAUUCAUGGCCAGGCGACAGAGCCAGCUGUGCACCACGUGCAGCAGAACCAACAGGAAGUGACGCGUCAACAGCAGCAGCAGCAGCAGCAGCAGCAGCAGCAACAGCCGCAGAGUUAUGAGACGCAGCAAAAUCGUCCAUCGGCUACAACUGAGGCUCGUCAACAGCAGCAGCAGCAGCAGCAGGAGCAUCACCACCAUCAGCAGCCGCGGCAGGGGCUUCAAUAUCAACGUCAGCAGGCGGACCACCACCAGACCCUAUUUUAUCCUCAGCACAACUUUUCGGCUCAUUACCAUGCCCAGCAACUGCAGCAACAGCAGCACCACCACCACCAGCAGCAGCACCAACAGCAACAGCAGCAGCAGCAUCAGCAACAGCAGUAUCAGCAGCAACAUCAGCAGCAGCAGCAGCAGCAGCAGCCCAUACCACUGCGAAUCCAUCACUGGGCACAAAGCAGAGUGGCAGUGGGGCAUGCUCUCCAUGCAGACACAGCAGCUGCACCCCAUGCCGGAACUCCACCAGCAGCACAUACUGCUCGUGUGAUACCAGGAACUGAGGCAAUGAAUCCCACUGCACAGAAUGUUACUGCACCAAAUCCCACUGCACCAAAUCCCUUUGCACCGAAUCCCGCUACAGUGCUGCCCUCUUGUGCAGUGUAUGGCGUAGGUUACCGCUGCUGCUGCCUCCCCACUGUCGCCCUUCCCCCGUUCUCCUGGCACGCUGCCGUUCACAAGUUCUUAGUGGACUGGCGUGGCAUGUACGGGCUGCCAGAAGGCCUUCGCAUUUGCUCUAAUACCCGUUGUGGGAGGUCGGAGACCCGGCGGCAGGAGUUUAGAUGCUGCUCGGCAUGCGGAGAGGCUAAGUAUUGCAGCCGGGCGUGUCAGGCACUGGAUUGGAAGGCUGGGCAUAAGUUGGUUUGUGCAAUGCUGCUUGCUGCUGCGCAGCGGCAACAGCUGCUGCAAAGGCAGCAGCAGCAGCAGCAGCAGCAGAGGGAACAGCAGCAGUUCCAGCAACAUCUACCCCAUCACAACUACCAAGGACUUCAUGAUCAGCAUCAAGCAUUCCGUCAAAUCCCAGCUCAUCAUCAUGAGCUUCAGGGCACAAGAGAUCAUCAGCAGCAUGCUGCUUAGCAAUAUAGUGUUCACGUAGAAAUUUAUUUAGUAGCUUAUUAUAUAAGUACUCAUUCAGCUUGUUUU